AUGGGACCUUCACCAAGGACUUCUGUUUUUCGUGAGCACCUGGAUUUCGAACCUGCUUCAUCACUGAAUACCGGCAAGAAACGCUCACGGCCUACGCCGAGCGUGCGCUUCCGGAGCAAGGACGACGUGCGAGUCGUGGAGCAGUACGACGAUGCUGUUUCCGAAAUAGGUCGCGAGUCUCACCACAACACGGAACCGCGUAACGACAAGCAGGCACAACCUUUCUCGACACCGACCAUUUCUCCAGCGCACAUUCAGUCACCACUACCGGUGCGAAACACCUCUAGCAUGUAUCGCUUGGGCGUGUUUACCUUCUUGCUCGUCGCAGUCGUUCCGCUGCUGCAGAGCACCUCAUUCUUUGGCCACGCCGCUGUCCUCCAGCCUGUCAGUGGCAGUGUAUUGCCGGCGCGAAGCGAGCUUCAGACUCUUCAACGCAGAGCGGAUAGCCCAACCAAUGUCUGCUUCAGAUGGGCUCAACAAUCCGCGCUCGUCAAUGGAACGCUGUAUACGUAUGGUGGCCAAGCAACGACAGAGCCCGGACAGGACAGCGAUGCAUGGAAUAACUACUUCUUGUCAUUGGACUUGACGAAGACAUGGCAAAUAGCGACUCCAGCAUUGACUGGACGUGCACAACCCUCCGGACCUCCAAACGUCUCUCUGGGAUACCUGUGGAGCUCUCGAGAAAGUCUUUUCUUGUAUGGUGGCCAAUACUCAUGGAAACCACCCGUGGCGCCAACAGCAUACUCAACCUGGGAAUAUGUCAUUGCCGAUGACGAAUGGGUUGAGCACAACCAGCCUGUAACAUCUUCAGGUCCAAGUGCGCCGAGUAAUGAUGAUCCAGUACAGCGUGCUGCUGAAGGAGCGGGAGCAAAUGUGCCUUCUCUUGGACGUGGAUUCUACUUCGGCGGGCAUCUGGACUCCUACACGACAGAGGGGUGGAGCAACGCUGUCCCUCGUGUCUACUUGCAGUCGCUUCUCGAGUUCACGUUCCCGGGAGCGACCAACAACCAAGUCGAGUCGUUGUCAAACGACCGUGCGGCGGGCUCAGAUGGGGUCUACCGCAAUGUCACGGAGGGCGGUCAACAGGCCCAGGUUGGCUUCACGCAGCGCGCUGAUGGCCUGCUCAUCUACGUGCCAGGCUUCGGUGAACAGGGAAUCUUGCUUGCCAUUGCAGGUGGAAUCAACGACACCUUCACCCAAAUGAACAACAUCGACGUCUACGACAUUGCGACCAGCUCGUGGUAUAUUCAAUCGACAUCUGGUCCGACCCCUGAGAUUCGUGUCAACCCAUGUGCGGUCAUUGCUGCCGCACCGGAUGGCACUUCGUACAACAUCUACAUGUUCGGAGGGCAGAAUCUUAUUCCAUUCGGCAACCAAACCCAAUUUAACGACAUGUGGAUCUUGACUUUACCGUCUUUCACCUGGAUAAGAGUCGACACCGACGAUCAGAGCGUGCCUCCUGGACGAUCCGGACACACGUGCAACAUCUGGGAUGCACAAAUGGUGAUGGUAGGAGGAUACACAGGAGAUGGAACUUUGACUUGUGAAACGCCAGGCAUUUACGUCUUCGACUUGAGUGCGCUACAAUGGGUCAACCAAUUCACUGCAUUGUCAGCUGGGGUCGAUGACGAUUCGCGCACAGCUCAGAAGUCAGACGGCAGUGAUUCGACUGGCUCUAACAAUCCAUUCAAUCAACAGCCAGCACAGAAGUAUAGCGCUGAAUCUCCUGGUGGCCUCGAGGGCUCGUAUGGAUACAAAGUGCCCCAAGCUGUCAUCGACGUCGUGGGUGGAAACGAGGAUGGCGGCGCCACCGUGACAACACCUGUGAACACCGCCACCGCCGGUCCUCUCGCAACAGGAAGGCCGAUUACUUACACGAAUGCCGACGGCAGUACCUCAACUUCGAGUCCAGAUUCCAGAGGUGGCUCCAACGGCGGCGGCAGUUCUGGACCCAAUAUUGGUGCUAUCGUAGCAGGCGUUAUUGCUGGCGUAUUCUUCAUCAUUGCCUGCUACCUCGCUUUCUGUGCCUAUGUGUACAGAAAACAGCUACAACUCUACAAACGCCACGUGGAAAUGAGUCAAGCUGCUGCGCGAGGUGAGAAGACGCCAACGAUUCCAGGACUGAUUGGCACCAAUGCCGAUUAUUCGACUGGGAAAAACACCCCAUCAGAUCCAAGCCGCUUUGGAGGCUCUGUCGCCAAAUGGAACACCAACAGCGAAGCCGGACGAGUCAGCGGGAGUGGGCAUAGUCGCAACGAAAGCGGUUCUAGUAGUCGUGGCGGGACAGGCGUCACUGCGGCUGGCUAUAAUGCUGUUAGGAGGAAUAGCGAUGCCAGUGAUGGCGAAGAAGAUUUGCUGGCAGGGCAGGAGCCUACGUUUGUGGGUGUCAUGCUGAAUCCGAGAAGGAGCUUGAGGGUUAUCAAUCGUGAUUAGAGCGACAGGUCUACGACUUUGCCAGGUGUAUUUGGAGCACAGGACAAGCGAUUGUUUGUACAGAUUAUGUUGAUGACAAGAAACGGCAACAGAGACAGAUCGGUUAACAGCAUCGAGCGUAGCAUGGUAAUGGAUAAUUCUGUAUUAUUGGGUCGACGA